AUGGCAGAUGCGACACAGACGCGAAAUAGAGAGAGGAAGCGUCGCAUAAGUCGACCCAAAGUCAAGACUGGAUGUAAAAAUUGCAAAUUACGAAGAGUUAAAUGCGAUGAAACGAGACCUCAAUGUACGAAAUGUGUUAGAUCGGGAAGACAAUGCGAUGGCUAUCCGGCGUAUAAUCCGAGAAAUAGACAUGGCAGUAAUACUCUUCGAAUUGCUCCACGACCGAGUAAUGCCGGCGCUGGCGUGGAGUCAAAAUCAAUAUCAUCCAACAACUCCAUAAUAUCUACGACAUCUCCUGGCUCGUCGGCACUUGUUUCUAAGAGGGUACCGUAUAUCAUUGAUAAAUCAAAAUCCAUCGGUCCAUUGACACCUACCACACCGUCAAGCGCCAAUUCCGUCGAAGUUCGUUUUGACUUAUUUCCACCACCUACUGACGGUCUGGCAUUCGGUCCAAAAGAAGGUCAAUAUUUCGAGGUCUUCUGCACCCAUACCGCCAGCGAAUUAUCCGGUUUCUUCGAUUCCGCAUUCUGGAGGAGAAGUGUCCUCCAAGAAUCGCAUUCUGAAGCAUCCAUACGCCAUGCUGUUAUAGCCCUCGGGGCUCUUUACAAAACAUUAGAAAAGGUCGCUGAAUCACCUCCGAGUUCCCCAUCUUCCUCUAAUCAAAAUACUUCGAAUGGUGAUUCCGCAACUGCUCAUUGGAGUUUUGCUUGGGACCACUAUGGAAAAGCCGUCACGCGCAUGCGGCAGAGUAUUGAGAACAAUGAAGUUAGAUCGCAAAGAACGAUUUUGAUAUCGAGUGUUUUAUUUACAUGUUUUCAAUCGUUUGUAGGGGACCAUAAAGCAGCUAUCACACAAGUACAAGCGGGUUUGGGAGUGAUGGAAAAUCAGCGCAAGGAAAGGAGAAAACCUUAUCUUCAGCGCGAAGAUGAUAUUGUGGAAGAAGAGCUGGGGCAAAUGUUUACACGCAUGGCUAUUCAGGCCAAAUCAUACGACAUGGCGUUUCAUUUUCCAGCUCCGCAUAUUAUCCGUCUUUCCACCAAUCCAAGUAUCGCCAAUCCGGUAGCAUCGCAUUCCGGACCGCCGUCUCCUUCAACGACCACUUCAUUGACGAAUCUUGAUUGGAGAUACCACGUAGCUCACGAUCCAAGUCUAGCAAAUCCACCCAGCCCAUCAGAUAGUUCGACCGGCACCACCGCAUCCAUCGAAGCACCCAUCCCCGAAAUAUUUUCCAGUGUUAACGAGGCGAGAUUAGUGCUCGAUGCUUUGUGCGAGAGAAUCAUGCGAUAUAAUGAGGAGUUGGUGGGAUUUUACACAGUCUCCAACAAUAUCCUUCCUGCGUCCAUAAAAUCCAACGGUUACGGUUUCGGGCGCUCUCUCGAACAAUGGCAAGAAACUUUCGCUCCGCUACUCGCCAAGCGUCGCGCGCCUGGUACAUCGAAUACCGAAAGAGCAGGCAUGAUCGUGCUUCAAAUGACAUGCUUAAUGACUCGAAUCCUUACCUUCACAGCCUUUUCCCCAAAGGAAAUUGACUUUGAUCACUUCAUUCCUAUGUUCACUGAGAUCAAUGACUUAGCCAAGGAACUAAUCGUAGAUGAGGAAUUAGCAUUGGCGCAAGCGAGAUGUGGAAAAGCUUGUAGACAUGUAAAUUCGAAUGCGGAGAAAGGUAUAAGGACUCCAUUUGGUGUUAAGGUUAUGAGUCCUAGUCCUGGUCCUGAUGGUCGACCCUCUUCAUCGGAAGAAACUUAUUCACACAUUAAACCUUCCUUUGCACUUGAUCUUGGCAUCAUCCCACCGCUUUAUGUCGUUGCCACAAAAUGCCGCGACAGGAAAUUAAGAAGAGAAGCUAUAAGUCUCCUAACGUCAAGUCAUAGGAGAGAAGGUAUGUGGGAUUCGAGAUUAUGUGCUGGUGUUGGCAAUUGGAUUAUGGAUGUGGAGGAAGAGGGAUUGGAUAGAUAUGUUAGGGGGACAGUAUCAGAAAAUCAGAAGGUGCCGGAUGAGAAGAGAGUUAUGGUUAUGGAGGUUGAGUUUAAUCUUGAGAGGAAAUGGGCAAAGUUGAGGUGUGGAACAAGGGGGGCUAAGAAAGGAGAUUAUGAUCCGAGGCGAAGGGAGGAGCUGUAUAGUUGGUAA